CAGCUUAUCAGUAUUUUGCUACCUACCCAUUUUCUGUAUUGGGUUUUGGGACAGAUUUAGAAUGGCAUCGCAAAUUUUGCAAAAAUCCGUUUUCGCUCUAAACGGAAAUUUAAUCAAAUCCAUCCGAUCUCAAACGAUCUACACCUGCUCAAAGGUGAACAAUCGUAAUGUUGAUGAUUUAAAAAAAGAGAGGGAACCUUCGAAAUUGGAUAACAGCCUUGCUCUAUCGGCGAAAGCAGAGCCUCUCAAACCUGUCGAGAUGAUCACAGUUGAAAAGGAAAUUCUAUCUCCAAUUACUGGAGUUCCUGAGGAACACAUAAAAGGAAGGAGAGUUAGAAUUAGUUUAGCUUCCAAAAGCCCAAUGCAAUCUGGAACGGAUAACACUCACAGUUGGGUCAUGACAUUUGACACAAGGGUGAGAUGGGAGAACCCUUUAAUGGGGUGGACGUCGACAGGUGAUCCGUUGUCUAACAUGAGCCUCGAGUUUACCAGUAAAGAAGAUGCUGUCAGUUUCUGCGACAAAAAUGGAUGGGAAUGGUUCAUCGAAUCCGAGAAGCCGACGGCGUUCAAAGUGAAAUCGUAUGGUUACAAUUUCUCUUGGGAUAAAAGGACCAGAGUGUCCACAAAAUAAAUGCUAUAGGAAGUUGUGUUUUAAAAUGUUUGAACAUAUUGUAUAGUUAGGAAAGAAACAUAUAAAAAUGUUAUUUAAAUUCUUUGAAAACAAUGAAGGAUCCUGGAAUAUAAUACAAAAACUGAUAGAAUAAAGAAAUAUACAAAUGAA